GCAUUUCUUGAUGUAUGUAUAUAAACACACUCCACAUAUUUACAACCUCUCUCACCUUCAUUAGAUCCACCGCCGUCUCUGACGGGAUUAUAUUCAGCCCACUCUCGGUUCCUUGAAAACUCCGGCGACUCUUUUACACUUUUCAUUGAUUACAACGCAGAUCAGAGCAUGAUCUAUGGCGGCUCUUACGAAGAAUAAGUUUGUUUCAUCUAGUAUAUAUACGCCGAGAAAUGGAAUCCUUUCUCUUCCUAGCUUCUUCUUCUUCGUGGUUCUCUUACUUUUGUCUCCGGUGGUUCCACGCGCCGCCGCUCAGCAGCCGCCGACCGACGACAGCACGUACUACAGGAACUUCAGCCCAUCAAUGGCGGUCAUCAUAGUUGUUCUCGUGGCCGCCUUGUUUUUCAUGGGGUUUUUCUCCAUCUACAUCCGCCACUGCAACGAGUCGUCCGCGGGGAACAGCGUGCGGCAAGCGCUGUCGAUGCGGCGGAGGGCGGCGGCGCGUGGGCUCGACGCGUCUGUGAUCGAGACGUUCCCGACCUUCAGCUACGCGGAGGUGAAGGACCAGAGGAUUGGGAAGGGCGCGUUGGAGUGCGCGGUGUGCUUGAACGAGUUCGAAGACGAUGAAACGCUGCGUUUGAUCCCCAAGUGCGAUCACGUGUUUCACCCCGAGUGUAUUGACGCCUGGCUCGAGGCCCACGUGACCUGCCCGGUUUGCCGAGCCAACCUCGCUCCUCAACAGGGGGAUGAACCGGUUCAGACCCCCGAGGUGCCAACACAGGAUCAGCAACAAGAAGACGGUAACGGUAACGGUAACGAUCAGCCACAGAACGAGGAGAUUUCGGUACAUGUAGUGAGCGAUCAAGAGCAACGGCAACAAGACGGCGAAGGAAACGCCGUCAGAGCCAAAUCAGUUAAACGGAAUUUGAGCUUCAAUGUUCCGAACCGGCCGCCUAGAUCGUUUUCAAUAAAACGGCCUAAAAUGUUCAGUAAGUUUAGAUCACACUCGACCGGGCACUCCUUAGUUUUACCCGGAGAGAAUUUGGACCGGUACACGCUAAAACUACCAGAGGAUGUUAGGAAGGAGAUGAUGAACCGGGCCUUAUUGAACCGGGCUAGGAGUAUGGCCGUGCAUUUACCCAGAGACGCGAGCUCAAGGAGGGGCUAUAGAACCGGUGGCGGAGAAGGAAGCAGUCGAGGCGGCCGGUCUUAUCGUAGGAUGGACCGGUUGGACGGGGAAGGCCGGUCGGACCGGUGGCUUUUCUCAAUUGCUCCGCCGUUCUUUUCGCGGUGGCCGUCGAUGAAAUCACCGAAGGUGGUUGCUGAUAACGGCGAGGCUUCCACAUCCACCGGAGGGAAAACAGCCGUUAGAAUGCCGUCAUUCAAGUGUCUUGAACCCAAAGGAGAUGAACCCGAGUUAAUACCGUCUAGCUCGGCACGACCACCGGUCUAGAAUCAGAUUCCGGUUCAGAGGCAACGACAAAAUUUGAUUGUCAAAGGAGCGCGGUAGAUGCUCGGGCGGGUCCCACUUUGAAAAUUUCUUGCCACGAGUGGAGAAGAAUUAUUGAGCACGAAAAGGUUGACUUUGAGUUUUGGCGCUGGUUGUCUUCUACUUCUUCUAGAGACUUUAUUUUUCAUUUCAUUUUAUUUUUUUAUUUUUAUGAAUAAUUAAAAUGAACUCUUUUUUUUUUUUUUUUA